UUGGGCACGAGAGGCUGCAAGCUAACUGCGCGCUACUGUGAUUACCGAGGUGCCAUCAGGACGUACUAAAGAGCGAUACAGUGAUUAAGUUUGUGAUCAUAUAGUGAAUCGGCUUCAAAGCACUUUUAAGUGGUUGCGCCUUAGUAAAUACAAUAAGAAGUAAUAACCAUGAGGAUUAUUGUUGAAGAGCAUCCAAACGUUCUGGACGUGUCGGAGCUGCUGCGUCCGGAGCCAAAGUUCUCCGAUAAGAAGAUUUCCAAAUUUCGGGAUUAUACAGUCGACGAGAACGAUCCGCUGAAGGAGCGGGUUCGGCGAACUUACAAGUUGAUGCACACCAACCAGACCGUAGACUUUGUGAAGGGCCGUCAUGCGGAGUGGCUCAAGUUUGAUCACUUCAAGGCCACUAUUCGGGAGGCGCUGGAGAAGCUGAACGAUCUGAUCGACGAGUCGGAUCCCGACCUGGACCUACCGAACAUCGUCCAUGCGUUCCAAACGGCGGAGCGUGCCCGCGAAGAGUUCCCCGAGCUGGACUGGCUCCAUCUAACAGGAUUGAUACACGAUCUCGGCAAAGUGAUGGCCUUUUACGGUGAACCCCAAUGGGCCGUGGUUGGCGAUACGUUUCCGGUUGGAUGUGACUGGGGACAGAGCAUCGUUUACCGGGAAGAUAGCUUCGUUGACAAUCCUGAUGGCGCAAACCCAAAGUACAACACCAAGAACGGAAUCUAUGAGCCAAACUGUGGGCUUGAGCAGCUAACCAUGUCCUGGGGACAUGACGAAUUCCUGUAUCGGGUACUGAAGCACAACAAAAGCACGUUGCCGGAACAGGCGCUUCACAUGAUCCGGUAUCACUCGUUCUAUCCGUGGCAUUCGGGAGGCGACUAUCACCAUCUGACGAACGAGAAGGACGAGCAGACCAAACAGUGGGUGCUGAUGUUCAAUCGCUAUGAUCUGUACACCAAGUCAACGAAACUACCGGACAUAGAGGCACUGUGGCCAUACUACCAAAGUUUGAUCGACAAAUACUGUCCAGGAGAGUUGGAGUUUUAGACUAGUUUCUAAGCAUUAUAUUGAGGGGAUGAUGAUCAGGAAAAAUGCAUCACCUUCACAAAUACCUAAGAACGUUUACGCUGUUGAUUUUUGGUUAAUUUAAGAAAUGCAACGCAUUAGAAGAUGUUUAAAAUUUCGGACAAUAAAAUUUUUUCUAAAAUAUCCCAGAAGUACACUA